AACAUGCAGAUCUUCGUCAAGACGUUGACGGGUAAGACCAUCACGUUGGACGUCGAGCCUUCGGACUCGAUCGACAACGUCAAGCAGAAGAUCCAGGACAAGGAAGGCAUCCCUCCGGAUCAGCAGCGCCUCAUCUUCGCCGGCAAGCAGCUCGAAGAUGGCCGCACGUUGAGCGACUACAACAUCCAGAAGGAGUCGACGCUUCACCUCGUCCUCCGCCUGCGUGGUGGUGGCAAGAAGCGCAAAAAGAGAACUACACCAAGCCGAAGAAGGUCAAGCGCAAGCACAAGAACGUCAAGCUUGCCGUCCUCAAGUUCUACAAGGUCAACGACAACGGCCAGAUCCAGCGCCUCAAGAAGGAGUGCCCGUCGCCCGAGUGCGGUGCCGGCGUCUUCAUGGCCACGCACUUCGACCGCCACUACUGCGGCAAGUGCCACGUCACGUACAAGUUCUCGACCGAAAACUAAGUGCUGAACGCUAAUGCAAUGCUGCCUGAGAGUAUUCUUCCA